GCGCGAAAAUCAGUUUGCUGCCAAACGCUAGAUUGAUUAAGUAAUUUAUGUAGCAACUAUUUUUCGCAUGCAUAAUGUUGAAUUUAAACUGUGUCAUAUGUGCCGAAUUGUUCACACAAUCGGAUGAAGUGUACGUCACAACGUGUGGCCACAUGUUCCAUCACACAUGCCUAAUGCAAUGGCUAGAACGGUCUAAAACCUGCCCACAGUGUCGCAAUAAAUGCACAAAUCGGAACAUAAUUCGUGUGUAUUUCAAUCUGGCCAAUUUGGACGUGAGUCGGAUUGAUGUUGGCUCCCUGCAAGAGCAGCUGGAUAAUGCCAAUUUGGCUAUGAAAAUGAAGGAACAGGAAAGCAACAAGGUCGAGAGACAAAUGAAAGAACUAAAAGAGACCCAAAAGAAGUGCCUAAAAACCAUUGCGGGGUUAGAGAAGAAUCUACAGAAGAAAGACUUUGUUGUCAGCAGCUAUGUGGAACAAAUAAAUGUACUAAAGAGCGAUGCUCGGGUUGUUGACGAGCUGCGCAAGGAGAACAAAUCACUGAAACAGCAGAUCAACACUAUGGAAGGCGUUUCGGCCAUUCUGACAGCUGGUGCUGCGGAUGCUGAUCGCUUACUAAAAAACGAAGCCAAUCCAAAUGUGCUGGCCAACUGGGUGUCCACGCUAAAGCGUGAGCUUCGCCAGUGUGAGACCAAAAAGACUGAACUGCGCAAUGUGCUCAAGGUGGUGCAGAACGAUCUGCGCAAGGAGCUGGAAGGAAAGCGACGGUUAGAGGAGCAGAUGUCGCAUCUCGAGAGCGAUUUGUAUCGAGCACAGGAAAAGCUUAAGACACUACAGGGUCAACCAAUUGAUGUGGAUGCCUCCAGCAACUGCUCAUUGGGCCUAAACACAAAUUUAGUUGCACUCAAGCUCGAAGAACGCCGCAACACCAUCUCGCCCACAAUAAAACAGAGCAUCAAGCGCAUUGAGGAGUCAACGUCACCUUACCUAAACAUCAAAUCUAGCAGCGUAGGAAUGACGCAUCUCUUGAAACCGCCCAUCCAAGGCAUUAGCAAGAUAUCUCCCAUUAAAACAGGAUCGGGCAUUAGCAUGACCAGCGGAGUGAUUCGCAAGACGACAAGUGAUCUUAGUGAAAAGUACUCGAUCUUCAAGAAACCACGACUGCUGCUGGGCGCUUCGAGCUCAGGGGGCGCAGCUGCGAUGGGUUCAAAUUUUGCCUACGAUGGCAUGGGUGGCUCUGAGAAGAUAGAUCCUUUUGCGCAGCGUGCCGCAGAGGAAGCGGCGACCAGAGUUACAAGUCAACCAAGCACAAAUACUGUUAAUUUUCGACUUAAAGCGGGAACGCUGCGCAACAUAAAGCUGAAAAAAUAGUGAAUUAUG